UGACAAUUGUGAAUAGUAGAAAACCCAUCUAAUAGAUGCCUUCAACAUUUUCUCAACAAUAAGUUGUAUUUCCACAUUAGCUCAUUAUUCUACAAGGUGAAUUAAACAUGAGUCUCAGCUAUGUAACUCUUGCAACAGGCCAGAAAAUGCCAUUAGUUGGAUUGGGAACGUGGAAGAGUUCACCUGGCCAGGUGAAAACAGCAGUCAGCUAUGCUCUUGAAAUAGGAUACCAGCACAUAGACUGUGCUUCUGGCUACAGCAAUGAGCAUGAAAUUGGAGAAGUUCUCUAUGAAAAAAUACAAAUCAGUAAAUCUAUCAAGCGGGAAGAUAUUUUCAUUACAUCCAAACUUUGGAACACCAAGCAUCACCCGGAUGACGUGGAACCAGCAUGCCGUAAAACAUUGGCAGACUUGCAGUUAGACUACCUAGAUUUGUAUCUGAUGCACUGGCCGAUGGCAUUUGAACGGGGCAACAUUAUGAUUCCAAAGAAUGAUGAUGGAACAGUGCGUUAUGCUGAUACUGAUUACAAGGAUACCUGGAAAGCCAUGGAAAAACUAUUGGAAAAGGGUUUGGUCAAGGCACUCGGCUUAUCCAACUUUAAUGCAAGGCAAAUAGAUGAUCUAUUAUCAGUUGUAACCUUCAGACCAGUUGUCAAUCAGGUAGAAUGUCACCCUUACCUGAUCCAAAAUCAACUUUUGGACCACUGCACAAAACGAAAGAUUAUAGUUACAGCAUACAGUCCUCUUGGAUCGCCUGACCGUCCCUGGGCCAGACCUGGUGACCCAAAACUGUUGGAAGAUCCAAGAAUACUGGAAAUAGCAAAGAAAUAUGGAAAAUCUCCAGCCCAAGUUAUCAUACGGUGGCAAUUACAAAGAGGAAUAGUGUGCAUUCCUAAGAGUGCCACACCUUCCAGGAUUAAAGAAAAUAUUGAGGUGUUUGAUUUCAUCUUGUCUAAAGAGGAUAUGAAACAAAUAGAUUCAUUUGACUGCAAUGGAAGAUUGAUAGUCCCAACAAUUGAAAGAGAUGGAGAGAGAGUUUGGAGAGAUUCAAGUCAUCCGUACUUCCCUUUUAACGAUCCUUAUUGAAAGUCAAUCUGCAGUUUCGAAAGCAUUCCUGUCAUAUUGUGGAAAUUUUCUCCCUUUUAAAAUCACCUUUCAUUCCUCUUCUUAAGUUAAUGGAACUAGUACAAAAUGAGAACAUAUUUGUAAUGUUAAGGACAAACAGGUAUUUCAUUGAGUUAAUAAUCAAUAUAUUUCGCAGGUUGGGUAAUAAAAAUAGAAAUGGACAAAGUUUAUUUUAAAAAUGACAAUAUCAUAUAAUCCUAAUCAAUAAAUGCUCACUUAUAAUAUACAAAACACUGUAGUUGCUGGAAAUUUGAAAUAAAAGAUGCAAGCAUUCAGCAGACCAGACAACAUCUGAGAAGACAGAAAAACCAAGUUAACAUUACAGGUUAAUGACCCAUCAUCAGAAAUAGUCA